CCCAGCCGUCGUUGGAGAUUCCCACUUCACUGCCUGAAUCCGGGAAUCUGUGUUCAGCCAUGGCGUCGGGCCUGUGCAGUGUUGUUGUAUGGCUGGUAUUAUGUGCGAUUCUGGCUCCGUCGGUGUCCGCGGAUGACUCUGACUGUCUGGCCUACGAAGAUGCAUUUCAAAAAUACAACCGCUACCAGGAGUGCCGAAAUGAAUUUUGCUGCGGUAGCUGCCGUGAGAGAUACUGUUGUCGUUUUACCUCCUUGCGAAUCACUGAGGACAGACAACUAAAAUGUAACACAUUGACUGGUUAUGUGAAUUCAUCUUCGGCGAUGUCCGUGAGCGUUGCUGUUUCUUCAGUAAUUAUUUUUCUGUUCAUCAUCAUCACCUGCUGCAUCUGCCCCUGCUGCUGCUUAUACAAAAUGUGCCGCAAACCACAACCUGUGAUAGCCACUACCACUCACACAACAGUGGUCACUGCCAGUCCUCAGCAUUACCCCCAGCAGCCAACGGGAAUGCCUUCGCAGCCUCACUCCUACCAGUCGGCUCAGUAUCCACCGUACCAGCCCAUACCAGUGCAGCCAGGGUAUGCAGCCCAGCCCAUGCCUCCAGCACCUUACCAGGGACAAUCAUAUACACCGGGGCCACCUCCAACAUAUCAGGAAGCCAUUGGUCCAAGCUACCCUCCCAACCCGAUGCCUUACAGCCAGGCUGCGUUCUCCCCCAGCCAGCCACCUUACCCUCUACAGCCUCCUGCUCAGCCGGGCGCUAACGCUCCAACACCUACACACAUAGACUUCCUUUCCCAGCCUGCAUACAACCCGAAUUACGUUACACCCUAGACUGGAUGAUGGACCACGACGCCAUGCUCUCUCAGCCACUUGAAACAUGCAGUGUUUAGGAACUUGGCAGAACUUUAAAUGUGUGAUCUGAGUCAAGAUAAUAUCUGUUCCAGAGGGUCUACAUUCAUGUGUUUCAGUGAUUUAAAUGUGGUUAGUGACACAUUUUAAGUGCUGUUGAAGAUUUGCAAGAUGAAAAUGUUUGUUGGUAUUGCAUGGACUUACUAUAUACUAAUAGUGAGGUUACUUUUGAUUUCAUCAUAAUCACCCUGGUGAAUGAAACAUAACACACAAAUUUGUCUGAUUUUCAAAAGUAUAUGUGAAGUGCAUUGUUAUUUUUCAACCUGCUGAACAGGCUUCAACAUCCCCCCGUCCUUGUCCUUACUCGCACUUGUCACCGGCUAAACCUGCUCGGCCUCUUUCUAUCCAUGAUCUGUGGCAACUGGCUUCAAAUUGGUGAUGGAGAAGGUUUCGUGUCUGUGGCCGUGAUCAGAUUUCUGACAUAAAGUGCUAUGACUUUUUUGAUUUUCAUGGAGUUACUCGUAAUGUAGAUGUGUAAUGUUUGGUAUGUGUUUAAUAUACAUGAUACUAACUACAUGGAGUCCCAAAAUGGGUAGUGUUUCUCACAAGAUGGUUUAGGAAGGAGUCAAAUCGUUGUCAGUUGCCAAUAUUCACAGGGUAUUGGGUCUUCUUUCUUUAACCGUUCAGGAAAAGGGAACUUGUAUCACAUCAGUUUAAUAGAAUAAACCUUUCGCUCAGGGAAGGUUCACUUUACAUUUACGUUUUAUUUACAUAUGUUCAAGGGAGACAUCUGAUUUUUCUUUUUUAUUAUCAUUUUUUUAAUUUACUCAUCUUACAGCUGUGCACAACAAGCAGCUAAAAUGCAUCGGCAGUUCUCACUCAGUUAACCAAAGAAAAUGCUUUUCUCUUUUAUUCAACAACAAAUGUAUACAGCCUGGUGUGCAAUUAAUGAAAAAUGUUGAAAAACAGUUGUGCCUUCGUAGCUAUCAAACAGCAGCGCGCAUGUAAAAUGUUUUAUUUUUUCUAUUAAUGUUUGUUUGUUUUCGCGAUAAAAUUGGACACUCUAAAUUGACUGUAGGUGUGAGUGUCAGAGUGGUUGGUUUUUUGUCUCUGUAUGUGUCCCUGUGAUGGACUGGUGACCUGUCCAGAGUGUGACACCACCUUUCGCCCUAUGUCAGCUGAGAUUGGCACAGCUCUCACAGCGACCCUCAUGUGGAGAAUAAAGUGGCAGAGGAUGGAUGGAUGUUUGCGAUAGUUGUGUUACAUGUACUGAAAGCUCUAUGUUCAUGUUGAGCUGUGUAACCGUCAAACCUUUUAUUGUUUUGUAACAACCCACACUUUUGAGUCGA